AUGCCAGACAGGAGGCUAAAAUUGGAGGAGCGGAAGCUGGAGAGCACGAGGGAUCAGCAGCGGAAGGUGAGCGUGCUGGUUGCCGAGAAUGCGGAGGAGUUCUUCAGCAGCGAGGUCCACUACCUCAAGCCCGUCCUCUUUACCAAGAAGGCCGAAACCCCAUCGCUAUGGCUAAGGCUGUCCGAGGCGUUCGGGGAGUGCUGCAAGUUCGGAGAAAUCAGGCACACUGAGACGGCGCUGAUGGAGAGGUUUGCUGUCUCUCCUGACGCUCUGCCAAAGAUCAUAGCCGUGACGCACGACGGCGAUGGCGGGGAGCGGGUGAUCCCGUACGAGGGCCCGUCAGACUUCGACAGGAUCAGCGAGUUCCUGGUGGAGACAGGAGGAGGGAGAUCGCCAGCGCUGGAGCUGAAGAGGGAGCUGGAGAUGCAGAAGAGGGAGAUGAAGAGCCUGCGGCAAGAGCUCGAGCGAGAGAAGGAGGCGCUGCAGGUAGCGAGGACGGAGAUUGCCCGCAGCAAGCUGGGGCAGGUCGGGCAGGUGGAGGCAGUGAAGAAGAGCUUGGAAGCUGAGCUGGCAGAGGCGAAGGAGCGGGAGAAGAGCUUGCGAGCGCAGGUGGAGUCGGAGAGUAGAGUCUUUAGCGCCGAGAUCAUCAAGUUGAAGGAGGAGAAGCAGCUGCUGAGCGACAAGCUCAUGGCGCUCGAAGCGGCGCAGGGGGAGAGGGUGGUCAUGCUAAACUCGAGGAAUGCGGACGCGUUCCUGGCGUCGACGAUCCGUCCUCUCAAGGCUGUUCUCUUCACGACCAAGACCGAUGUCCCUCCCCUGUGGCAGCAGCUGGCGGAGGCUCAGUCCAUGACGACCGCGUUCGGAGUGGUCCGGCACGUGGAGGAGGACGUGCUCGAGAGCUUCGAGCUGACGGCAGCUGACCUGCCGCACAUCUGCAUCUUCCGAGGACGAGGUCGAGAGAACCCAGUGGUGUAUGACGGGGAGGUGAAGCUGGAGGCGCUGAGCAGCUUCCUGCGGGAUGCGGUGGAGGGAGGGGAGACGGUGAUCGCGAUGCGGCAGCAGAUGCACUCGGCGAUGCGGCAGGUGGAGCACCUGACCGAGCAGCUGGAGGAGAGGAGCAGGAAGAGCAAGGAGGCGGAGGCGGAGGCGGAGGCGGAGGCGGAGGAGAUGAAGAGGAGGCACGAGGAGGAGAUGGCCCGAGUCGUCCGAGAGCACCAGGAGGCGAUCCGAGACGUGCAGGAGCAGAUGGCGAAGCUGCAGCAGGAGUCGAAGAAGAGGAUAAGAAUGGCCGAGGAGGAGGUAGAGCACAUGAAGACGGAGAUGGAAGCGGAGAGGAGCGCGGUCAGCAAGGACUUGCAGGAGCAUCUGAAGAUGAUGGAGGAGGAGGUUUGUGCGGCAAUUGAUCUCGCUCCCUUGCUGACUCGCUGGAAGUUUUCGGCCGAGCGUUCGAGAUGGAAUAUGUUGAGGGAGCUGGUAGCUCAGCUGGACUCUGAGAUACUGCUGGUCGAUAGGUUGUCAAGGAGCUGCGAGAAGGCUGUGCUGCGGGCCUCCUCAGCCGUUCAUGUGACGCUCGUGAGGAGGGCGAGGGAGACGGAGAGGAUGCAAGCCUCUCUGAGGGAGUUCAUAGAUGAUGUUGCUCCUAGCCAGGUGAUCUCUGCCAUCAACUAUGGGGAUAACCAGCUCAGGGCAAAGAGCCUUCUGACGUCGGAUGGAGAAUCUCUCAUCGAGUCCCUCACCACCCAGUACAAAUCACUUAAGAGCCGAAUUAAUGAUCUUGACUUCUUGGGGGACAAGCGGGCCCUCGAUCUCGAAAGGCCGAGCUCGAGCAGCAAAUUCGUGGGGGGGAAGAAGCCGGAGAGAAGACCAGAGGAUGGAGAGAGUCGAAGUGUCUCCCAACGCGGGGGGUCGGAGGGAAUUUCAGACACGCUGAGCGACACAGCGAGCGUGCGGUCGGGGUCGAAGUCGAGCGAAACCUUAAGUGGGCACAAGGACGAGGAAGGGAAGUCCUGGGGCGAGGCUAGUCAGCGGAAGGGAGGGGUGGAGGAUGGAAAGAUGGACGCGGCGAAGCUUCAGCGAGCGAAGAAGAAGCAAGCGAAUGAGUUGGUUAACAUCGCAGGGCUGGACGAGGAGAUCAGCAUCGGGCGACUGACACGGGAAGUCGAGAAGACAGAGACGAAGAACGUGUUCUCAUGGCGAGACAAGCGGUUGAUCGAUGACGAGACUGGCUCGCUCGUAUACGCAUACCCGCGAUGGUUAGAGGAGGUAAAAUGA